AUGGCGGCGGCGGCGGCGGCGGCGGGCUCCGGGUCGUCGGGCGGAUGGAAAUACUGAUGACGGUCCGGAGACUCGCCUCCAUCUGUACCAUGGGCGCCAAUGCCUCCGCUUUGGAGAAAGAGAUUGGUCCGGAGCAGUUUCCAGUGAACGAGCAUUACUUCGGCUUGGUCAACUUUGGCAACACCUGCUACUGCAACUCCGUCCUGCAGGCCCUUUAUUUCUGCCGCCCGUUCCGGGAGAAGGUCUUGGCGUACAAGGUCCAGCCCCGCAAGAAGGAGAGCCUCCUGACGUGCCUCUCUGACCUCUUCAACAGCAUCGCCACACAGAAGAAGAAGGUGGGGGUCAUCCCGCCCAAGAAAUUCAUUUCCCGACUGAGGAAAGAAAAUGAAUUGUUUGACAAUUACAUGCAACAAGAUGCACGGUUCCUGACCUACCUGCUGACCACGAUUGCCGACUUGCUGCAAGAAUAGAAGAAGCAAGAGAAGCAGAACGGCAAACUCCAGAACGGGAGCAUCGACAGUGACGAAGGGGAGAAGGCCGACCUCACCUGGGUCCACGAAAUCUUCCAGGGCACCCUCACCAAUGAAACCAGAUGCCUUAACUGUGAAGCUGUUAGUAGCAAAGACGAAGACUUUCUAGAUCUGUCUGUGGAUGUGGAACAAAAUACUUCAAUAACACACUGUUUGAGGGGGUUCAGCAAUACGGAGACUCUGUGCAGCGAGUAUAAGUACUACUGUGAGCAGUGCCGCAGCAAACAGGAAGCGCAGAAGAGGAUGCGAGUGAAGAAGCUGCCCAUGAUUCUCGCUCUGCACUUGAAAAGGUUCAAGUACAUGGACCAGCUGCAUCGAUACACCAAACUCUCCUACCGUGUAGUUUUCCCUCUGGAGCUUCGACUCUUUAACACUUCGGGAGACGCCACAAAUCCUGACCGAAUGUAUGACCUUGUGGCUGUUGUCGUCCAUUGCGGCAGUGGUCCAAACCGUGGACAUUAUAUCACCAUUGUCAAAAGCCACGGGUUUUGGUUGUUGUUUGACGAUGACAUUGUAGAGAAAAUUGAUGCUCAAGCAAUUGAAGAGUUCUAUGGGUUAACAUCAGACAUUUCCAAAAACUCAGAAUCUGGAUAUAUCCUCUUCUACCAGUCAAGGGACUAAGAUGACAUGUUGAAGCAUCUUACAAGUAUACAGAAAGGGAUCAAGAUUGUGCCCAGACGGGACAUCAUAGUGAUAGUCAAAUCAAUUCCUUGCCAUUGCCAUAGGACCACAGGAGACCAACAGGAGGCUAGUUGGGCCGUUUUCUCGAGGAUGAACAAGAAGGGGUUCCGCUCUGAUUUUCUUUCUGGGCUAUUUUAUAUGUGCUAUCUUCCAAAAUCUGUGUUACCUCUACUUGAAAUCUGGAUGCUCAAUUGUCCAAGAACCAAGGAAGGGUUUUCAAAGUAGCAUUGCCGAAUUUGCUCAUGGCUCAGUGACCGCCUGAGACUUCAUCUUGGUUUCCGUUGUUGUUUUUCUGUAUUUUAGCAGAAUGGGUUAUGGUUUCAAUAUUCCUUAUUGUCCGAAGGUGCUUUUUCAGAUACAAGCCUCAGAAAGCUGCUGAAUGGUUUUGUGCUCAGAGCGCCAGGACUGCUACGAAGUUAAGUCAUAUUGGAAACACCACAUCCUUAAUCUUAUGUAUAAAAAAAGGACAAAAAAUGUUAUUUCUCCAAUGCUGUGGAUUUCCAAGAAGAAUCUUCUUUAUUUCAGAUAACGCUAUAGUUCUCGUUUACAUUUUUUUAAAAAAAGAAUCAACUGCCUUUUCUCCAAAUUUCCUUGAAAGAUAUAAUUUUAUAUACUUUAUCUGUUAUUUUUGCUUGUUUGUUUGUUUCCUAUUAAAUAGAAGUUUGACUUAAAGUCACAAUACUGCAGAAGCCAGGAGAGCAAAGAAGUAUGUGGAAGCCCUUGAGGUCAUGUCUAGUUAGCAGUUAAAGUUACUGUAUUUCUUGGAGCUAUUACCUAAGCCAAAAGUGCCCUCUACUGAAACAGGAUCUGUUUGGUGUUCAUUUCACUGUACAGUACAUUUUUUUAAAGGAGCAAUUUUAUGACUGUGUUCAAAAUGCACAUUAAGUAACACUAACUAAGGUAAUUACAAUUGUCUUUUUAAACAAUAGGGGUUGGAGCUAAGAAAUAAUCAGUUGGGCUAACAAUAUACCAAUGCCUUGGAAUACAUUUUCUUACACUCUCCCCUCCCAGUAGUUUUUGCCCAUUUUCUUAUUUGCUGCUGCUUUAAUGGGAGGAGGGAUGAAAAUAGUCUCGUGAAGACUGAAUUUCAGUUAGUGUCCAUUCGUGUCUGUGCUGUAUACUAUAACCUCAAGAGAAAAUACAUGCAAUCGAGAACUCUGCAGGUAUUCGCCGUCUCCAUUUGAAAAUUCUUUUUGAGCCAUGUCAGAGGUUUAUCUCAGCCACUGAAACCAUCACAGUAGCCCAGCCUGGAGGUGUGAGCAGCCCUCCCUAGAACGACUUUGCAAUUUACUUGAACAGAGACGUUUUGUACAAGAUCAGCCAGUUCUGGGAUCAUAUUAAAAGUGUGUGGCUGCCCCACAGCAGCCCUCCUUGUAACUGGGAAGGCAGUCCCUGCGGAGGGAGAGGCGCUUCGUCAAAUCCCCGGAUUUGGACUCUGAUGGAGACGCAUUGAUGCAAAUGUUGUCCUUGUCCAAACAACCUGCUAGAGGCUACAGUAAAAACCACAAUGCUGGGAAACACAGGGUUGUGAAAGAACACGAGAGUCUUCAAGGCCCCACGUCUGCUACACAAUCUGAUGUCCCCCAUGCAGGGUCCGUCUCCUUGCUUCCCCCCCCCCCGGUAGGGUACCCAGUCACAAUUCUGUAAGCAACACCUUCUGCUCUCUAAAACAAAAUCCUAUUUUCUGUUUUCAGAGUUGGCUUAAAGUUCAAGCACUCACACCUCGAUUUCAGAAUGAAAACUGGCAAGAUAGGUGAACUCAAAACUUUUUAAUCUGCAAAUGGAAUCUUUUCCUCAAAGCUUAUCAUCCAUAAAGAAAUAGUGGUCCACAACUACUCGACAAUAAUACACUACAUGCAAAUUUUCUCUUGUUUAGAAAUCCUCUCAUAAAGACCCCAAGUGGGUCCCUGGCAGGCGUUUGUCAACUCUGGGCCCUGGGGGAGGAACAUCACCAAACGCGAUUGUGCUGAAACAGCAGAUAGGACAGAGUAACGUAGGAGAGCGUUAAACUUGUAUUUUGUAUAUUUGGCGAUAAGCAUUUUUACAGAUAAAAUACAUGAUUUGAGAGAGAGAGAGAGAAUAUUGAAAGAGAUAUACUAUAGAUUAAAAGUGCACUUUUGCUACAAAUUUAUAAGAAAAUGAAAUGGGCUUAAGUCGGAAGAUAAUGGUGUGAUGUUAACGUCUGUAUAGUAAGUGACCCCCAACUGUCUCCAAUAAAGAUCAUGU